GAACUGCAUCGCCAGUUCGCAUCGCGACGUCGUCCUCUCGAAACGGUUUGCACGGUCGUCGUCGUCGUCGUCUAGGGCACCAGGUGUCUCCAGGGGUUGUCUCCUUUUCGGUUGAACGGAUUCCGUUGAACGUCGGCGUGCGUGGAGUUCUGUGCUUGGGGGUGGAAGUUUUUUUUGUUUGUUUGGUUUUUUUUGCUUGGACGUUCAACAGUUUAGUGUGAGCUUCUUGGAGAUACCGCAUAGACCAUGGCAUCGCGUCUGAGAAAACUGGGCAUUACGGCCGCUGGCGUCGCGAUCGGUGCCGCACUGUCCACGUACGCGCUCCGUGUCAGCGACGUAUCGCCACACCAUGUUCAAAUGGAGGAGAUGCAGCGAAUCCGUCGCAAGCGAACUCUCCCGUCGCGAUCGGAGCAGGUCAAGACGCUGCAGUCGGGUGAGGAGUUCGACGUGCUGAUCAUCGGUGGGGGUGCCACGGGUGCCGGGUGUGCCCUGGACGCGGUGACACGUGGUCUCAAGACGGCCCUGGUUGAGGCGGACGACUUUGCCAGUGGAACGUCGUCCAAGUCGACCAAGCUGAUCCACGGUGGUGUUCGUUACCUGCAGAACGCCAUCAUGGGGCUGGACAUUGAGCAGUACCGGAUGGUGAAGGAAGCGUUGCACGAGCGGGCUUCCAUGCUGCGGUCGGCGCCUCACCUGACGCGACCGCUGCCGAUCAUGCUGCCGGUUUACACGUGGUGGCAGAUUCCGUACUUUUGGGUCGGUAUCAAGGCGUACGAUCUGGUAGCGGGUGAUCGUAACGUCAAGACUUCGUAUUACUUGUCGCGGGAGGAUGCCUUGGAGUUGUUCCCCAUGUUGCGUGGUGACAAGUUGUGCGGUGCGAUCGUGUACUACGACGGCCAACAGGACGAUGCUCGGAUGUGUUUGGCCGUAUCGUUGACGGCUGCUCGUCACGGAGCCGCGAUCACCAACCACGUGGAGGUGUUGGAGUUGCUGAAGAAGAAGGAUCCUGAGGGUGGAAAGGACAUUCUGUGUGGAGCCAAGGUUCGCGAUAAUAUCUCCAAGAAGGAGUGGACCAUUAAGGCCAAGUGCGUUAUUAACGCAACUGGUCCGUUUACGGACUCGAUCCGUAAGAUGGACAACCCGACGGUCAAGACGAUUUGUUGUCCCAGCUCGGGUGUGCACAUUGUGCUGCCUGGUUACUAUAGCCCGCAGCAGAUGGGAUUGCUGGAUCCGGCGACUUCCGAUGGUCGUGUGAUCUUCUUCUUGCCAUGGUUGAACGGUACUAUUGCCGGCACUACGGAUGCUCCGUGUGAAGUUACGCGCAGCCCAAUGCCCAGUGAGGAUGAGAUUCAGUUCAUUCUCAGUGAGAUCAAGAACUAUCUCAACAAGGACGUUGACGUACGUCGUGGUGAUGUGCUGUCGGCUUGGAGUGGCAUCAGACCGCUGGUUCAAGAUCCCAACAAGGGCGAUACCAAGUCGUUGGCCCGUAACCAUAUCGUGCACGUGAGUGAGUCCAAGCUGAUCACGAUUGCCGGUGGUAAGUGGACCACGUUCCGUGCGAUGGCUGAACAUACGAUUGAUGCUGCGAUCAAGGCUUGCAAACUGGAACCGGAACGCGAGUGUGUUACCGACGGUUUGUGGAUCGAGGGCGCUCAGGGCUGGACCCCAACCAUGUACAUCCGCUUGGUGCAAGAUUUGGGCCUGGAGGUCGAGGUCGCCAAGCACUUGGCCAUCUCGUACGGUGAUCGUGCCUUUGCGGUCGCCAAGAUGGCCGCCCUUACCGGUAAGAGAUGGCCCAUCAUUGGCAAGAAGCUGCACCCAGAGUUCCCCUACAUUGAUGCUGAAGUGCGUUACGGAAUUCGUGAAUAUGCUUGCACCCUGGUUGAUAUGGUCGCCCGUAGACUGCGGUUGUCCUUCCUGAACGUGCAGGCUGCCAGCGAGGCUCUUCCAAUGGUUGCCGACAUUAUGGCCGAGGAGCUUAAGUGGUCCAAGGAGGAGAAGGAAAAACAAAUUGCGGCUUGCGAGCACUUCUUGCAGACGCAGAUGGGUCAACAGGUCAACCGUCAGCUCAAGGAGAAGAUUCCGGUCAAUUUGUCCAAGUCCGAGGUCGAGACUUACACGAAACGCUUCGAAACGAUCGACAAGGAUAAGAAGGGCUACGUCUCGAUCACCGAUAUUAAACGUGCCAUGAAGGCCUUUGGAGAUGCCGAGGUCAGUGGUGAGGAGCUUCACGACAUUCUGCGUGAAAUCGAUACCAACAUGAACGGUCAGGUUGAGCUGGAUGAGUACCUUCAGAUGAUGUCCGCCAUCAAGUCCGGAAACAUUUCGCACUCGCGCUUCGCGGCCGUCGCCGAGCAGGAGGAGAUCCGCAAGGAGCAGGAACGACUCCGGAAGCAGAUCACCGUGGACCGUUCCGGUGGUGGUCAACAGAAGAAGAAAGUAAACUAAAGCAUGCACGUGGUUCAACGAUCUCAACCGUUGCUCGCACGUUGUUGUCAACCUUAAACCAAACAUUUCUCCCACCACAACACUCCACAUCACACCACAGAAAUCGAUCCACUCUUUCGAAGGACCUGUUCGCCGGAUUGCAUGCGGAUUUCUGUCCCCGUUGUUCCCCCUCUGUCGAUGUACAUAAUUUAACUGUUGUUUUUUUGUGCCGAGUACGAAAGAUCUUCAGGAUCGAGAUGGUAGAAUCUCGCGCUUUCGUCGGAGAAUGGACGUUUUGUACGACUCGUUCAAUAGGAUAGGUAUCGUUAAGCUGAGGAAGUCCCGCCAAUUCACAAAUAUUUUUUAAGGAUGCAAACAUAAUUUAUUGAAAUCAUCGUCACCGGUACAGCAGCAUAAAAGCGGAGUAAUAGCCGCAUGUGAACGAACAAUUUUCGAAAAGACACAAAGUAUGGUAACGUUAUAAAACAAACAAACAAAAUCGCGUAAGCCUAAACAAAACACGUGAUGCGCUUGCUCUCCGUCAAAGGACUGUCGGAGAUGUUCGAUUGAGCCCUGUAAAGUUAUACAUUUUAAAUUGUUAUUGUGAAAGUCAAACACUGUUAUUGGAUAUUACUUUUAAUCAUUAAUUGUUUAGAAACGAACUCAUCAAGAUGUGCUGGAAGCGGAAUGAAAAUUUUGUGGAAAUGAAAUCCAAAACUUUGUAUUGACACAUUUUUUGAUCAACUCUUGAUGUUUAUUGAUAUACCAGAAUGUUAAAAAAAAAACUAAAUAUAAAAUAAAAA